AGCAGGGUGGGAGGGUAAAGAAGCAGAGCAGCUCAGAGAGUGGAUCUGCAUUAUAAGUAGCUAUGAUAGCAGCAAGUGGGGUGUGUUUUUAACCUGUUUUUUAUUUUCUAAGGAAAGAAAAGAGCAAAAGGAACAAACAGAAGAGAAACCAAGAAGAGGGACACAGUUUUGAAAAGUCUGCUGUGAUUAGAAAGAAAGCCAAGUGCAGAGAGGGGAGGAGGGAAGCCGAGAGGAACACAAGGCAGCAAUGGAUUGCAGAGUGGCUCAGCCUGACCCUGGGAUGGCCUGGAUUCACACUCUGCUGCUGGCCACCGUCCAGCACACACUCUAGGCUACGAACGCCAGCGAGCUUCCAUGUGGCUGUUUAGCCAUGCUCCCUGGGUAUGGAUUCUCACCUUUUCCUGAUUUCCAUCCCCACCUUCACACUUUUCGCUGCCGAGGAGAGAACCCCAGCAUGUGGAUUCCUGGCACAGGAGAGUCCCAUGGUCCGAGCGAGUCCAAGGAGGGCCGGCCUCUCCUCCACCCCAUCCAUCACAAGCACGUGGCUGUAUGCCAGCAGGAAACGCUGGCAUUCAUUGAGUUACAACAACCAGCACCUUCUAAAUUAAACGGUCUUGGCUCUCAGAGGCAGAGCACUGUUUCAGAUUCACACUCUCAACCACUAAGUUGUUUAAGACAAACUCUAAAUGAACUGAAUGAUAUGCAAAAAGGCAAUCACAGGACAGACGCUGAACAUACAAUAAAUGUAAGCUCUCCAUCACAUGAUGUGGGUGAUCUGGAUGUUGUUUGCCAGAACAGCACCAGGACUUCUUUGCAGGACCAAACCGAGAAGCCUCGGACCAUAACAACAGUUUGCCGUCCUCUCCAUGCAGCUCUAAGCCUCCCUCUGUCUUUCCCCCUGUCCUCUCUGUACACAAGCAGAGACACCUGGGAAUCUCAGGUACCUUACUCCUCAUCCUCACCAGAAUGUCCAGCAUUUCUGGGCCCAGAGGCCUGCCAGCCUCAGAGGAGAACCUCGCAGGGAUCUCUGAAACAAAAGUCUAUCAGGCGAAAGGUGCAGGUUUAUUCUCCAGACAGCCCUAGCGAUGAAUCAAUCAGCAGCCCAAUUCUGGAGGCGGACUACAUAUUCCCCGGACCCUUUGCAUCUUUUCUGGAGGAAGACCUCAGUGAAAUAUCUUCCCUGGAUGCAACUUCGACUCCCUCGUCCACAGACGGUGCUCCGGAUCUCCCAAACAUCAGCCAUGAAGAUAGCUUCUAUGUACCCUCAGAACCCUUGCAGAUAAUAGAGGACUCAGAACCAGGAGCGGAGGAGGAGAGUGAAAUUGUAGAGACAUUACUUCACCCAGGAGUGAGCUUUUUGCCACGCAGUCGUCAAACUGACCAAGAACGCCGGCGUUUCUCGGCUUCAGAGCUGAUAUCCAGGCUGCAACUCUCCCAAAGGAAGAACUCAUUCACCUUGAAGCUGGGAAAGUCUUUAUCUGCUCGGGUGGCCUCCAGAGACAGGCAGAACUCCAACAGCCUUAGCCCAAACCUUGACUAUAAGUCUAACUCCAGACACCGCAGCUCAGGAGGCUCCAGUGACAGCAGUACCCACAGUCCUGUUGGAACUGGACCUCAGCUGCCCAGUGUUGACAAUGUAAUGCCUUUACAUCGGUGGAGCACUAAACUUGGAAUGCGAAAGAAAUCCAUUGAGGAAGAUUUGAGCACAUCUUCACCGCUUCCCACAUCAAAUCGCCUGUCACGUUUUUUGCCAAGCUCAAUCCUCUACCAGGAGUACAGUGAUGUUGCCAUCAACCGAGAGAUCCAAAGGCAGCAAGGGAAGGAUCCGGGAACAGAGGAGGAGGGACUAAGAGAUGAGGGUUCAGACGGGACUCCAUCUCCAUCCAAUCUCUCUCCUUCGAGCUCUUUUCGCUCUUCUCGAGGCUCUGCAUUUGCACUGUGGCAAGAUAUACCUGAUGUACGAACCAGUGGUCAGUUGGACACAUUCAGCAACGAGGAGAGAAAACUACAGGAGGCAAAGUUUGAGCUGGUAACAUCCGAGGCGUCGUACAUUCGCAGCCUGACGAUCGCUGUGGACCACUUCAUGCUGUCUCAGGAGCUCGCUGAGUGUCUUGGAGCUCAGGAGAAGCAGUGGCUCUUCUCCAAGAUGCCUGAAGUCAAAGAUGUCAGUGAGAGGUUCCUUCAGGACCUGGAGCACAGGCUGGAGGAAGACAUCCUCCGAUUUGAUGUGUGUGACAUAGUCCUGGAUCACUGCCCAGCUCUGCGAAGGGUCUAUUUGCCUUAUGUAACCAACCAGGCUUAUCAGGAGCAGACGUACCAGCGGUUGCUGCAGGAAAACCCUCGUUUCCCUGGCAUCCUGGCUCGCUUAGAGGAGGACCCCAUCUGCCAAAGGCUUCCUCUGACCUCUUUUCUAAUCCUCCCAUUUCAGAGGAUCACGCGGCUCAAAAUGCUGGUGGAGAACAUCUUAAAGAGGACAACACCAGGCUCCCGAGAUGAGGACACAGCCACAAAGGCUUUCAAUGAGCUAAAAAAGAUCAUCAGAGAGUGUAAUUCCAGCGUGCAGUCAAUGAAGAGGAUGGAGGAACUCAUUCAUCUCAACAAGAAAAUCCACUUUGAGGGCAAAAUCUUUCCUCUCAUCUCCCAGUCCCGCUGGCUGGUGAAGCACGGUGAACUCCUGGAAGUGGACACCCAGAUGAUGAGCAUUUCGGGAUCAAAGCUCAAGCUGCCCACCAAGCCCGUGUACCUCCACUUGUUUAACGACUGCCUGCUGUUGUCCCGGAGGAAGGAUACGUGGAAGUUCAUGGUAUUUGUGCAUGCCAAGAUUGGAGAGCUGAAAGUGAAGGACCUCAGCCAGAAGCUGCAAGGCAUCUCAGGGUUCAUCUUCUAUCUGCAGCUGUGUGAAGGCCAGCAGCUCAAACAUCAGAUCCUACUUAAAUCACAUACCGAGAGUGGUAAGCAGAGAUGGAUUACAGCAAUGUUUCCAUCUGAUCCAUUUGAAGACAUCGAGCAGGCCAGUGAAAACGAUGAUAUAUCCCAGGUUCAGUGCAUUAAAAGCUAUCAGGCCCAAGAGCAUGAUGAGUUAACUCUGGAAAAAGCUGACAUUCUUCAUGCUAAAACCAUAACAAGUGAUGGCUGGGUGGAGGGCAUCAGGCUGUCAGACGGGGAGCGGGGCUGGUUCCCCAAAACCUACGUGGAGGAAAUCACGAGUCGCAGUGCGCGCCUCCGCAACCUCCGAGAAAAUAUCCGCAUCAAAUGUGUUACACAGAAACUGAAGGGGGACAACUGAGAGUUUUUACUGCCAAGCUUCAACAUUUUUAAACUUCUAGAUGAUUGGAUUCAUUAUAAGUGGACUUGUGGCCUUUGCAUGGUCAGGAGGUGCUGAAAUAAUUUUUUUUUUCCAUGUCCUCUAACAUGCUAGAAAGAGAGCAAAGCUUUUAAUUAUAAUUACCGUUUUUAUUUCGAGGGCUUAAAACGUAAUGAAUCUGUUAAAAAAAAAGUUUACAUUGCAUUUUAAAGCUUCUCAAGGAUCAGAUAAUUUAUUUUUAUUCAUAUCUUUCAGGUCUAUCUCACAGUUUGGGAAUAUAGUGUAGGAAAGACAGAAACAAUUCAAUUUAUCAUGCAGAAUAUCUCUUCUGAUUACCCCAUAGAGUAAAAUGAGCCUGGGAAGGCACAUAGGAUCCAUGCAUGUUAUCUGAUAUUUGCUGCUGAAAUGCAUCAAGAUACAGGCUUCAGACAUCUGCAAUCUUCACUUCACAAGGCCUGAAAACUCUGCUUUGUGUUCAACAUAACACCCAAUCUUAAGCAGAACGACACAUAAAUUGAUUUCUGAUCUAUUUUUCUGUGUUUUAAUUAAUCAAAUCAACACCAGAACACUUAAAUAACUGUGCAAGAUGAUUAGGCCACUCCUCUUCAGGCUUUGAUUCCAAGGAGCCAGAUUUUAUUAGAAUCUUUUAAUGACCAGUAAUUCUGCAGGCUAUGAAGACCAGUCUAAUCCUAACAUGGGAAGGGUUUUUAUAUAUAACCAGGGUGUGCAAUGUGUCCUUGUUGCAAAAGGAAAUUGGAGUUGAGGACUUAGAAGGAAGACUAGAGAUGCUCAGAGAAAUCGUCUGGUAACCAGAGUCUGCCAGUUAGAAACUAAAAAUGAUCAAUAAAUGCACCUCACCAAAGUAUUACAAGUUGCCUUCACAAGAUCACUUUCCAUUGUGGAAGUUGUUACUAAGGGAAGAUGACUCGGGGAGCUAUUUCAUUAUCAAAGAGGUAUUUGAUCAUUUACUCAAAGGAAGCACAGAUUGGAGCUGCUAAAACAGGCAGUUAUGGUGCAUACUUUCGUAUUCAAAAGUCAGAUUUUCAAGUUCCCAGUUGGAGAUACAAUGAAGACGCUCCCUUAACACAGUAUGUUGAAUAGGAAAAUCGAAGCUCACCCAAACAAAAGACUUCAGUGUCAUCUUCUCUCUUUCUCUCUGCUCCUAAUAUAAAAAAAUGACUGAUCCCAACAGAAGGGCUUCCCAAGGCUACCUUUUGUUACAGUAAAUAAAUAAAUAGUUUAGAAAUCUGAAACCUUUCUGUAAAUUUGAGGUUUUUUCUCAAAUUUUAUUUUGAACAAAGUAAAUUAUUUAUUUGAAAAUGUACAAAACAUUGUACAGAAAAAGAAUAUCAUAUGAUGGGUGAACAUCUAUAUUUUCAGGGGUGUAAAAAACAAAAAGAAUUGUGAGCGCUGUUUUGUUUAGGAGUAAAGUUGAUGCUGGUAUUCUUCUUAUUUGGUUUUAGUGAUGCAGGGUGAGAUGGUUCAGUAACUUUGGACUGUUUUUAAGAAAAUCCUUUUUAAAUUUUUGUAUUUCUCUAUAAACACUUGCUGCUAUAUCAGCAGGUCAGAGCUUUACAAAAAAAUCCAAAUGUGAAAUUUGCCACAAAUCGGUGCAUUUCUGGUAAGGACUACAAAACCAUCGGGUACUAAAUUUUUGAAAUUUACAUCUUGAGAAAAUGAGAAAACAAUCCACCAAAGACCUGAAACAAGAAAAAAAUAGCUAAAGAAAUAGGAAGAAAUAGUAAUUUGGGGCAUCUUGUAUUUAAAAUUGGUUCUUUAAUAAGUUGUCUGUUAUGUCCAGACACAACACUGCUUCAUCUCUUGAGUUUAGUUUUCCUUUGAUUUCUUAAUUAAACUAAACAAAAAGCAGAAAACGUUCCU